AAGUAAACUGUCACAUUCCUUGUUUGUCGAGUCAAUUGCUUGUCACACGGCUUUUUGUUUUACUUUUUGUGAUCAAAAAUCUGUAUUACUGAUUUAUUUUACUCGGAUUUGGUCACAUUAUACGACAAACUGCUUACCAAUAUGCUGUAAAAAUUGUGAAAAUUUAUCAAACACUGUUGCGGUUCGGUCACGCUAGCGUAAUUCAGAAUGGCUGAAAGUGCUGGGCAAUCGGAGAAUACAGGCCAACAUAACGACUUGCUGACCACCAAGGAGGACCUUGUAAUUUCCAUUAAGAAGGAGGUAGAAGUGCUGGUGAAACCGGAACCUCACGAGUGCUUGGUGUGUGCAGUCCGAAGCAAAGACUCGUAUGAUGUGUUCUGCACUAAAACGAGUGCGUCAGGCGCGUCGCUGCACAGUUUCCUGUCGAAAUUUACGAACAACGAUCUCGGCAGCGCGCAGCAAACCCCCAAGUAUGUGUGCAAAAGCUGCUUCGACCUCAUCAACGUGCUGGAACAGGCAGAAAUCGAGUAUAACAAACUCAAAGAGACAUUCGAAUCUAUCAUCAGUAAAAACCCCCUAUUUCAAAUGAGUUCAGUGCAGCCAAUCCGGCUAGAAUCUGUUAAAAAUGAAUUGGGUGGUCAGAACAUCAAUGCUUCAUUUGAUGAUUACGACAACUUAGACUCUGAAGAUGAGCCCCUGUCUUUGACCAAGAAAAAGAGGCGCAAACCUGCAAAAAAGAGAAAAAAACCAACUCCAGUUAAACGGAAGACGAAAGUCAAACAACCCCAGGAUGAGAGCUGGGAAUGCGGCGAGUGCGGCGCGCGCGGCGCGGCGGGCGGCGCGGACGCGGAGGCGGCGCACAAGAUCGCGGCGCACGUCAUGGACGACGCCGCCGCGCUCACCGUCAAGAAGGAGGACUCUAGCGACGGAUCUCAAAACCAGUAUAAUGGCUUUGAACCAAAGAUAGAAAUGGAUAUGGACAUUGACGAUUUCGGCGAUGGCAUCGGUGAGGACGACGACAGUUCUAAUUUUGUUCCCGACGAGGAGGAUGGAAAAUCCACCAAGAAGAAUAAGUUAGUGCUGGGCAGACUGAAGAGCAAAGCGGCGCCUGUACAGAAGAAGCCGAGGAAACCGAGAGAGAGUAAAGUGCUGCACAAAUGCGACGAGUGCGAUGCCAAGUAUGCGUCGCUCGCGCGGCUGGAGCAGCACAAGCUGAAGCACGACGGCUCCAAGCCGCCCUACAUCUGCGAGGUGUGCGGCGCGCACUACAAGCACAAGCGCGCCUGCGACAUACACAUCCAGCUGCACAAAGGCAUCAGCGACUGGAAGUGCGAAGAGUGCAAUAAACUGUUUCCGUCGAAGGGCGCGCUUCAGAGGCACAACAACAUCCACACCGGCAAGCUCAACUAUCAGUGCGACCUCUGCGGGAAGUCGUUCAUCCACACGAGCUCGUUCAAGAUGCACAAGCUGUCGCACUCGGGCGUGAAGCCGCACGCGUGCGACGUGUGCGGGCUGGCGCUCAUGACGCGCUCGCACCUCAAGCGCCACAAGCGCGUGCACAGCGGCGAGAAGCGCCACGAGUGCACCAUCUGCGGCAAGCGCUUCUCCGAGCGGUACAACCUGGCGGCGCACAGCAAGUCGCACGAGGCGGGCGCGGGCGCCGCGCUGCCGCAGCUGCCGCGCCGCCACCUGUUCCGCUGCCCCUUCUGCCCCGACCGCUUCGAGCGCAGGUACAUGCUGGAGCGGCACAUGUCGGUGGUGCACGGGCGCGCGCUGGAGCGGCCGCCGCCCACGCCGCGCAACACCAUGAGCAAGCUGCUCAAGGCGCAGGCGCAGGGCCCGCGCCGCCCGCCCGAUACGGACUCGAAGGACGACAGAAGUCCAGAUUCACGUUCGACGCCUAUCUCCGUACCGCAAAAACUUAUCGCACAACUAUCGUCGCAGUCCAGCGCGGCGGCCACGUCGUGGUCCAGCGCCUACGCCGAGUUCAACCUGCGCGCCGAGUUCCCGCACUGAGCCCGCCUCGCCGCGCCGGCCGGACCACCGCUUGCUGUGACGACAGGAUUGCGUGAUCAGUGCGUUAAAAAGUCUAAUAGGUCGAUCUCAAAUAAUCUUCUAAUUAUGAUAUCAUAGGUGAAGUGAAGCGAAGCGAGUUUGGUGAAAAUUACACAAGAAAACCAUCUCAGUUCUUAGCGUGACUUCACUUGGCAUAAAAGAUUUCAGUUUUAGGCUGAGUUGCUCCACCAAAUAAUAACCGAAACUAUAACGAUAAUUACUGGUGUUUUUUGUAUGGAGUUUGGCAGCUUUUUGACGUUUGUUGAAGUCAAAGUAAAAUGGUGCAAUCCAGCCUUAGCAUUUUUUUUCAUACUGGUUUAAUUAAAACGUAGAGCAAAGAAUUCGAAAUCACGAAGAGAAAAAAGAAAAUUCACUGCGGUAGCAAAAUAUUGCGGGCAAACUAUAUGGCCGUCUGACAUUGUCUACGUUCCUUGUUAAGUAAAUAAAGUAAUGUUUACGUGCAAAAAACACUUAAUGAGUAUAUUUUUAUUAAUUUUCUAUCAAGUAUUUUGCUCAUUAAUCGAUUCUACCUAUCAGCAUAAACUUUUUGACGUACUUCAAGCGCUUUGGGUACAGUCAAAUAGUUUGUGACACCUGAAGUGGCCAAAAAGUUGACAACACAACCUCAUUGCAACAAUUACACGUGGGGUGUCACGAACUAUUUGACGAUGACUGCACCUACCGCAGCUUGAGCCGAAGUGUUCGCACCGUCAUUGGUAGUCGUCACGUUAUUUUGAUUUGUACUUUUGAUGGUAUUCCUCUUCGGAUGUUUAAAGAUUUAUGUUUAAUAUUAGAUCUGUCUAGGAAAACUACUGAAACUAUAUAGCUUUAUUUUUAUUGCUGGAAAUGGUAGGAUAAUAUAAUUUUUAAAUAUCGUAUAUCAUCAUAAUAAACAAUGAGAAUAAAGAACAGACCGAUAAAUAUUAUUUUUGUGACGAUAAAAUGUAUUAUGUGCAGGAGUGUUAAUGUCAGUUACUAACCUUUAUUAGUUUUCGAUUUUUUAAUCACUUCAAAAUAUUAUCUAGGAUACUGAUGCUUUUUGACCAAAACGCUGACAGAUCCCGUGCUGACAUGUGAAAGCCCGAGUAUCAUUCCCGCGAUAUCUUUUUGAAGAUAUGUAUAUUUUAAUUUAAAACCACUGACAUCCAGAUCUAGGUCGGGCUCUCAAUGUCCAAAAUGUAUUUUUUGUCAAGUUUUUACUAAAGAUGUAAAGUAGCAUGUCAUUCAUUGCUCCCUUCACCCGCGUGCUCUCAUUCUGGGAGUCUCAUGCAUGCAUGAAUAUUAUCUAACUCAGCAUAAACGAUCCUAAUUUUUGGACUAGUUAGAAGGAUAUGCAUAGUAGGUCCCAGCUAUAAAGUACAUUAAACUAUAAAAUAAAAUAUUAUUAUUUUCUUGCUAAACCAGCUCCAAGCAAUAACUAUAUUAAUCUAAUUAGAAAGAAUUAAUUAUUUUAUAUUUUAUUUAGAGUAAAUUUUACGAUAGUAAAGGUAAUAAAUAUGUAAUAAUGUAUAUUACAUACGUAUUAAUGUAAAUAUUAGAAGAAUAACCUUUGUCUUGCAUUUUCACUGUAUCAUAAAUUAUAUUAGAAGAAAAUAAUAGAAUACAAUCUAACUA